AUGGCGUUCUUUUCCUCCUCGACGAAAGGCGGUCCAGGAAAGCUGCCCACGGUGCAGGAGUCGAGGAGCUCCCAAGGGACAGCCGACACCAAGCAGAAGGAGGAUGUGGAAAGGAAAGACAGCGUGACCAUUUUGUCACCCACGAAGCCGAGUCCGACGCGCACGCUAUCUACGCGAAUCCAAGAACCACAACGAGCACCCUCGCAAAUAAAGCGCAACCCCUCAGACAAGCAGCACAGCAGGCCCACUGCCUCGACGAGAGAUACCAGCAAGCCCUCACGACCAGGCCUCCAACGACGCCGAACCACAGCGCAAACGCGCUACAUCGACAUGCUCCUCGAGCUCGACAACGUCCCCAGGCUGCACAACAUCCUCGCCUCCUUCUUCACCUGGAUCCUCCUCGCAGGCUACAUCGUCUUCCCCGCGACAUUCAACAAGCUCCAGACAGACGAAGAUCUAGACAAGGAAGCCAAUUCAGCGCUGAAAGCCCACGCUCUCGAGACAGUGCGCAACGUGCCGCUCCUCUACGUCGCCGCCUUCGCGUGCGGGGUCGGCGUCAUCGGAUGCCUUUGGCUGUGGUGGACGCAUCGGAAGAACUAUGUCUGGGUGAUCAAUCGGAUAUUUCUCCCCGCAUUGAUGAAUAGUAUCGCGGGGUUGAUUUCUACGCUGGUUAAUAUUUACUCUGCGCAGGAUGGUCAAUACUCUGUCACUGCGAAAGCGACGAUUAUUGUUACGGCGGUGAGUUCGGUGGUGGCGGCUGCGUUGUUUCUGCUGUAUAAUAGUGUGAUGUUGAUGCUGGUGAAGCGGAAACAUGAGAAGGAGACCAAGGCUGAAAUGAAGAGGCAAGGCGGGACGGUAGAAGAAGGGAGGAAUGCUGGGAUAGUGGUGUAA